AUGGGCUCGCUGAAAGACGAUGUUGCCGCGAACCCGCCUUGCUAUCCUCGCGCGUGUGCUAUUCAAGACUGCUUGACGCGGAGCAACUACGACGAUGCCAAAUGCCAGCAUGUCAUCAAGGCGCUGUACCAGUGCUGCGAAGCCUUUUACCAGGAGCGCGGGGACGACGCCGCCAGCCCGAGCUGUCCCAAGCCCAGUCUCGUGCGCAUGAAAAUGAAGCAAAUGAACGAGGCUACGCGGAGAGGCAAGUCGGACCAUGCCGACACCACCCUGAGAGCCCUCCCAUCCAGCAUCCCGACGGGUCAGCACCCGGCGAAAAGAAAGGCAGGCAGUCAUACCCUCGAAGGCUUCUGGGACGAUACGGCAAUACGAAAAAAGUGCGCACUGAGCAGGCCGUUGCAACUGUCUCCCACCAACUACCCUGCACAACUCACAACUUCCCAGAAGAUGGAGCCCUCGACGAGACAACAACAACUCACAGCCACCGUGGUUCCCGGCCCGGAAGUUGAAGAGUUUGCCAACGCAUUGGAUAGUUGCCUGGCACCAGGCCUGAGCAUACCCGAGAAAAGAGCGCGUAUCUUGGACCUUCCACGCACGUUCCACGAAAAUGCGAUUCGGCGACUGGCGCAUCACCGGCCGAAGCGUGCGGCCGCAGGAACGAGCGACGCGGACAUGGACUUGGAUGAGCAGACCAACAGCAACGGGCAGGCCGGCAAGUCGGAUGAAGCAAGGCAGCUCGAGAAGGAGGCCGAGACCUGGGAUCUCUUCAGACGCCUUCUUCCCUUGCGAUACCCUGGCUCGGAGGACGCAGAGGUCACGCGAUUCUCCCCGCCAGCCUCGGCCUCGGCCUCGAGUUCCGCACCCCGUCAUCACGUCGACGAUUUCCUAAAGACGAACGGUCUGGCCCUAGAGCGGCGCGCUGUUCUUCAAUGGCUGCAGACCAAUGCGGCGGCGGGGCCAGACAUUGACGAGCUGGCGCACGAUCUGCAAAAGAAUGCCGAUAGAGGAGACAUCAUUGCGCAUGGCUGGCUGCACACCCGGUCCAAGAUCAAGUUCCGCAAGAAUGUGACGGCGUGGCCUCACCUACUUGAUCGCCAGUCGCCGAGUGUCACGGCCUCUCAUGUCAACUCGGAGGGGGCUCCGCUCGUCACUCACCUUGACCCUGACGCCCCCACGAGGCAAGGGCGCAGGCUGGAGCCGCAAGACGACUACUUUGAGCGCGCCAUCUGGCUAGGCUGCUUCGAGCACCUCAGGAGAGGCAGCAGUUCCAAAGAGAUCCGCGAGUGGUGCCAAGAACGAACCGAAAUGUGGAGGGAGAUAUCCAUGUCUGCCUUGCCUCUCUGCGUCGACGAUACCCAGGCAGCCGAGGUCAGUGCCGACCCGGCGUCUCUGGCCCUGUGGAGGCGUAUGUGCUUUGGUCUGGCCAGGCAGGGUGGCUCGGGCGACUAUGAGCGAGCCGUGUACGGCAUCCUGUCUGGCGACAUUGCCAGCGUUGAAAAGGUGGCAAAGACGUGGGACGAUUACCUGUUUGCACACUACAACGCGCUCUUGCGGUCUCAGAUAGACACGCAUGUGCUGUCCCGGUGUCCGCCGGAGACGGUUUCCGCUCUGACGCAGUUCUUUUCGGCCUUUGACGCCGUGCAGUACCACGGGGAGGAGCAGGGCGCCAACAAACGCAUCGUCCAGGCCAUCAGCUCGAACCCGAGCCUCGGGGCCGAUGCUGGAGAACCGCACAAGGCCCUGCAGGCCGCCCUUAUUGCCGAGGAGCUCGACCGGCACCUUUACGAACAAGGCCUGGUGGUAACCGAGUCCGCCAAUGAAUUUCAAAAGUCCCGCCUUGUCCGGAAGGGGCUGGGAGACGAGCCCGAGGUGCCAAGGCACCGCUACUUUGACCUGACGCAGCACAGCGGGCUGCGCAUCGUUGCCCACGUAUUCGUGCUCGUCUCGCUGCUGAACCGAUUCGACAGCCACGGGCCCGGCCCGUUGGAGGGCGGAACUCCCCCGGUUUGGCGGUUUUUCCAGGAGAACAUCCUCGCCGGCUACACCGACUACCUCAGACGGGCCAGGCUGCAGGAGCUCAUUCCGCUGUACUGCUCCGUCCUGAGCCCACCGCGACGCUACGAAGUGCUCAGCUGGAACGUGAUUGAAGACGCGAACCCGAGCAACCGCGCCACCCAGCUCAAGCUGAUCAAGAGAGCCGGCAUCGACGUGCAGACAUUUGUCGAAACACAAGCGCAUCUCUUGUUUGACGAGCUGGACGACAGCCCAGAGCCACCUGCCGCCGUCAAGCCGUUCAAGAUCCUGGGGGAGCGACCGCCGUCCUCCCGACACGGCAGGCCGAUCAAGGCGGAUUUUUUUACAGAUUUUCUGGGGGAGGUUGAGGACGACGAGGAUGCCGUGGACUUGAAGGACGUGCACGUCAUUCGCGCGCUGGAGUGGCUUCUGACAGUGGGCGAAACAUGGCCAAAGGUGUUUUCCAUGGGAGUCAAGGUUUACAAAUACUUUCUCCGAAACGGCCGACUCACCGCAGCUCGGCUGCUCAUGCACAAGGCGACGUUUGCCGACCUGAUGCGAGACAUGACAGACGUGUACGAGCUGGAUUUCGCCGUGUUUGACGACGCGGAUUUCUGGGCCCAACAGCUCGAACAGAGCGGGAUACGCAACAUCCGGCCAGCGCAGGUCAUGGCAGAUGCUCGCAACUACAGGGAACUGGAAGCUCUGGUCAAGGCCCUGGACAGCCUUGAAACCAUGGCGUCGCUUGUGGCCAUCUCCAUCGACCUUGACGCGGCAAACAGGGACUUUUGGAACGGAGUAGGCGACGUGAUCAAGACGACCAAGGACAACAUGCAGCCGCUCCUGCAGAGCUGGCUGCUGGCAGGCAUUGAAGGGGGCGACGAGGAGCUCGAGCAGCUGCGCCAAGCGUACCUGCCCGAGACGAUCCUGGCCUAUGUCAGCGCCCUGCACUUUGCCGGCACGGGUCUGUCGCGGGACAAUCUGCUGGAAUGCAUGGAGCUGGCCGCGGUGGUGGCCGAGAGGAACUCGGACCUGGCGUCGGCGUUUGUCGGCGCCGGGCGGAUGACGGAGCUGUUGGAGUCGUUCACGGCGUGCAGCAAGGCGCUGGCGAUUGCGACGGGGGACAAGAGGGCGGCCGGGUCGGGCAGCAAGAAGCUGCGGGAGAAGGGAUGGUCAAGAGACUUGUGGGCGCUCUACGCCGCCGGCGCCGCCGCCCAAAGGCCCCCACGACAGCAGCCUCAGCAGCCUCAGCACCCCGACGGCAUCGUCUCCGCCGCCACCCCCCAAGGCGCCCUUGCGUCGCCCCCCCCGCCCGUUCUGCCGGCCGCAGAGCCCGUCCCCGACCCCGGCCAAGGCUGGCUGCCAGCCGUGCUGCGGGACAAGUCGACGCAAGAUCUGGCAGAUAUGCUGGGCGAGCCGGCGCUCGUCAACGCCGUGGCCCACGCGCCCAGCGCGGCGCACGAGUCCACCACGGCCUCGCACGCCACCUUGUCGGCGGCCCUCGAGCACAACGCCAGGCUGGCCGACGAGCUGGCGCUGGCGGCGGCGCGGCUCUCGCGCCAGCGGUCCGCGACCCAGGCGCAGCUGCUGGCCACGCACGCGCUGGAGCGGCAGUGGCGCCAGAGGCAGUCGGACAUGGACCACGCGCUGGCCCCCUUCUCGCCCGCCUCGCUGUACCAGCAGCUCUCGCAGGGCGUCCAGGAGCAGGGGCUCGUCUGCCAGGCCAUGGAGGAGAGUUUCCUCGACGGCGGCGGCGGCGGCGGCGGCGACGGCGACGGCGACGGCGUGCCCACUCCGGAGAGGGAGGUGGCCGAGUGCAUCAGGAGGUAUAGAGAGGCCAAGGUGCAGUUCUAUCUGCGGCAGGAGAGGAAGCAGCGGUGGGACGAGGGUCGGGUUGGGGGAUGGAGGUGA